AUGGGCCGUGCCAGGAUAGCGGACGAGCACUGGGCGGGAGUGACCGACCUCCGCAAACGAAAGCAGAUUCAGGAUCGACUGGCUCAGCGAGCGAGACGGCAGCGACUCUUGCGCGCUAAGAAGACGUCUUCAACAGAAAGUCGAUGUCAAACUGCCGUGACCAACACUCCUGCCAUCAAUUCGACAGAGACUGAUCCGAGCAACAACAGCGACGACUGGUACAGCGGCUCGGAGUGUCUCUCCAUCAACACGCACCCAAGUCACUACGAUGCACACGCUACCAAAGCGUCGGGAGAGUCCUUGUUUACUGGUCAAGUCACAGCGAACAUCUAUGGAGCAUUCUAUCAGAACGGUCAGAUACUGGGUCUACUCUGCUCCGUCAACUUCAUUGGCACCUCAGCGCCUGCAGGACCAGAAGUUCCAGCAGCCCUGCGGCCGACGCAAUUACAAAUGAGUGUGCCACAUCCUCCUUGGAUCGACCGUUUCCCGUUCCCACGGAUGCGGGACAAUAUGAUCACCCUGCUCGGCCUAGUGAACGAGGAGGACUUCUUAGCAGACCUGUUCUGCUUAUCGAGCUUUUCGAUUAAAGCAGGAGGAGCCUCGUGGGACCCUGAAUCAUGGACCAUCGGACGCGAGUUCGAAUCUAGAUGGGGCUUUUUGUUUCAUUGA